ACUCUACAAUGUGCAGUUUUGUCACACAAACAAUGCCACAGAUGUCUCAAGUGUUGAGAGUGCGUACAAUUGACAUACUGACUGCAGGAAUGUUCAACACAGCUGUUGCCAGACAACUGAUUGUUCAUUUCUCUACCAUAAACUGCCUCCAAUGUAAUUUUAGCGAAUUUGGCAGAACAUCCAAACAGCUUCACAACCGCAGACCACAUUUAACCACCGCAGCCCAGGGGCCGGAUUCACCUAACUUUAUUUACGAAAAAACGCAAGAAGUUUCGAAAAAAAAUAGGAAGUUCAUAAGAUAGUUCGUAAAUGCAAUUCCUCAAUGUUCUUAGGAAUUCGUAGUUCUCUUAGGCAUUGACAUUAGUGACGUGCUUGAAACCAAUACAAAAAAGCCUAUGUGACAGGGAUGAUCGGCUUUGGUUAUUUCAUAAUUUUUCACACAUUAUAGCCAUCAGACUAGCUAUAUCAAAAUCAAAAAUGGAUAACCACGAAAAGAGAUUGGGUGAAAUAGCAGCCAGGAAAAGGUUGCUGUUGGAGAAUUGAUAACUGCGGCGUCACUGAAGAGACCAAAAAGAAAGGAUGGGCGAGUGGCGGAGUCUGUCUCUGCCGUCGGGGGUAUGGCAAGGGACAGUGACGCCGUAAAAAAAUAAGUGGUCCGACAUCAAGUAGGCUGCUAAGAAGGGUGCUGAGAGACCAUUCAUGUGGACCAGCUGGAGGAGAAGGUGUUGUCCAUCAUAAAGAUGGUGGUAGAGGGACCGCACGACCGAGGGAAGAUGAGUCAACGUGAGCAGCAGGAUAAAGUCCCAGCAUACCUCAAAGAUGAGCCUCCAGCAGACAGCAACAAGGAUCACCCAGCGCCCCAGCCAGGCAUGUUCUCCAGAGUGACCGGCGGCCUCUUCAGUGUCACUAAAGGUGCCGUGGGAGCCACUGUGGGUGGGGUUGCCUGGAUAGGAGGGAAGAGCUUCGACUUGACCAAGACCGCUGUGACCUCUGUGGCCGCUGUACCCGGCAUCGGGGUGGGACUGGUGAAAGGAGGGGUGUGUGCUGUAGCAGGAGGCGUUUCUGCAGUAGGCUCAGCAGUAGCCAGUAAAGUUCCUAUUGGAGGGGGCAAGAAAAAGGACAAGUCUGAUUGAGGAGUGGCAGAAGACGGUGCAUUUUGGGUAUCGUGCAUGUCGUGUCUGAUCCGCCUACACUCUGGAGGGCUACGGAGCAAUCCAACAAUGUCGUGUGUAUUCACUUUUCAUGGAGGGCUCGACACUCUGAUUCGCGAGUGUCUAUGGACCACUCCCAUAUUAUAUGGCCUGGCCACUGAGGGUGAGAUUAAAUAAGGGGUUUUCUGUUCAGCAGUGCAGGGGCCACCCCACCCAUCUUUGUCUGUAAUAUAAACCAGUGCCUCAAACUGAAAUAUGAAAUGACUGACGGAAUGUUGUAUUUACUGUAGAUAGAAGCCAACCAAGAAAACAUUAAGCCUAUUUUAUUGCGUAAUAUUUGUUCCAUCUCUCGGCCACCGUUGAAGAAACAUGCCGUGAACAUAUACCAUGUUUAGGCGCUAUUCAUGUUCAUUGCUGUGUUUGUUGAAAACUUGAACGUCACCUGGCAGUCAGACAAUCCGUGAUCAAUGACUAUCCCGGCACCUCUGACAGAAAAUAAAGAGGAUCUCAUGGGGGGGUUGGUACUGGGCCUGCACAGGGGGUUUACCACCGUGAUCCCUGGGCUGUGGCGGGGUUCAGAUUGAAGAAGCCAGCACGGGUUGUUCCAACAACCGAGGCAGCGCCUUGUUGCAAAAAGCGUCGGUAAUGGCGGGGAGUUGAUGGCUCCACUCCAUCUCUCUGAUUGAUUCUGUUUCUGAGAUUACUGACUGCUUCUGGGGCCCAGCAGCCUAGCUUUGGUGCCCUCUCCCACAACAACACUCAUCACUCUCCCUCUGCUCCCUGAGAAUUACUGUGGCACUCUGGGAUUUUAAUGCUGCCUGCCAGGGCUAUGGGGGACUAAACACUCUGCUCAGGAAGUCAAUGUUCCUGGCUAUAUGUUUAUGCUUGUGGAAAUUGUUUUCAUUUUUCCCUUCUGCUGUUAAGUAUAUGAUUUGAAUCUCAAACUCCCCGUUCCUGAUGUGAUGGGGAUUUUUUUCAUCCACCAGGGAAAUUCUCUAAAGGGGACAUGUUCCAUUAAAAUGUUUCUUCUGAGAGUUCUCUCUGGUGCGAGUAAUGUACUCAUGUUUUUCAAUGACAGUAGUUUUAGGAUGCGUUUACCCUUUAAAGGUAUGGAAUUCAUGUUUUCACUGAUGAUGCGCUGAAUCACAGUGCUCUGUCACUGCCCUUUCUGUUGCUUUCUUUUGUUCUUUCACUAUUGUACACAGUGUUUGUGGACUACAAUCUGGUAGGAUCAAGGUGCCUUAUUCCAACACGAUAGCCUGAACUACAGUAACAUAUUCCUUUUUGAUCCUACCAGAUUGUAGUCCACAUACACUGCGUGUACAAUACAUUAAGGACACCUGCCCUUUCCUUGACAUAGCCUGACCAGGUGAAAGCUAUGAUCCCUUAUUGAUGUCACCUGUUAAAUCCACUUCAAUCAAUGUAGAGGAAGGGGAGGAGACAGGUUAAAGAAGUAUUUUUUUUUUUUUUAAGCCUUGAGACAAUUGAGACUUGGAUAGUGUAUGUGUGCCACUCAGAGGGUGAAUGGGCAAGACCUAUUUUAAGUGCAUUUGAACAGGGUAUGGUAGUAGGUGCAAUGUGUACCGGUUUGUCAAGAAAUGCAAAGGACAUCCAGCCAACUUGACACACCUGUGGGAAGCAUUAGAGUCAACAUGGGCCUGCAUCCCUGUAGAGCACUUUCGACACCUUGUAGUGUCCAUGCCCCUACGAGGUUGUUUUUAGGGCAAAGGGGGGUGCGCAACUCAAUAUUAGGAAGGUGUCCUUAAUGUUUUGUCUACACAGUGUAUUGUACUACUGGCAAAAAAAAUAACUAGGCUAUUUUAGCAUUAUACAUUUUUGAAUACAUUUAAGGCGUUGCCUAAUGUUAUAGCUAUUAGAAAUACAAUGUAUUCAUAUUUUUAAUAUAGUGCUCGAUCAAAGGAUUUCACUAUUAAUCAGUGGAUUCUUUAAAAGUGGAGUGCACUGUGCCACAACAUUGGUGUGUAGGCUACACCUUUAACAUCACAUGGAUAUUUAUUUUGUUCAGGAUUUGUCUCCAUCAUAAAUCGCCUUUCCAGUUUUCACCUCAAUAUUUCAUGAACCUUUCAUUCAUUCCACGCGUUGACUGUUGGAUACAAGAGUUAAGGCUGAGGGAUUUCAGACUGAUCCUUCUACAAUUUAAGGGAUUUCCUCUUGCGUUUCCUGUCAAUGUGCUGAAGGUGGAAUUGAACUUGUAUUUCAAUAUCAUUUUAUAAUAAAUCAGCCUUUUUCAUCAGA